AUGGGGACUACAGGAACUAGUGGAGCAGGAGGAGCAACGGUAAGAAUUGAGACUGCAGCCGCUUCUUUCAGACAGCCACACUCGGAGAUAGAAGAGUGCAUGACAAUAGAGGGGGGUUCGCUUUCCUCUGGCAUUAUAGAGGGGGGUUUGCCUGUCUCCGGUGCAGGCGUGAGUUAUGUGAAAAGCGAGGGCAAUUUGGACCGAAGGGGGCUGUUGCAGGGGCUGGGCAGCAGAAGCUUCGGAUUGGGCAGUAGAGGCUAUUCUAGUGAUGCUGGUGGGGGAGGAGUCAGAUGGGGGGCUAGUGCAGGUUUUUCUGGUGCAGGCGCGUCUGGGGUGGGUUCUGCUGGGGGAGGUGCAUCUGGGGACGCGGGUGGGGUUGGGGGGAAGCGGAGUGGCGGGGUUUUGGCGCGAGUGGGGAAGGUUUUGGAGGCGAUGACGCCGCGGAGGAGGGAGGUGCGGGAGGAGCAGGCGGAGGCGCACACGACCAUCGAUGUUGAUGAUGCGGUGAGUGCCCCUUGCAGUGCAUGUGGUUGUGCCUUACUAUUUCGGAAGGGUGUUGAGAGCGGUGACGGGAUGAGGGAGGAGCAGGCGGAGGCGCACACGACCAUCGAUGUUGACGAUGCGGUGAGUGCCUUGUGCUAUGCGGAGUAUGUUGUGUGGCAGCGCGUGUUGAUCUUUCACGUGGGGAAAGAGCUAGAGGAGCUGCUGCGAAAGGGCCACCCGGAGAAUGCGGAGUGCUUGAUUCCAGUGACGGUGUUUGGGCUGCUGCGGUGUGAGCUAGAGGAGCUGCUGCGAAAGAGCCACCCGGAGAACUACGUUGGCAGAUACGCCUUGGGCAGGGAGUUGGAAGAGCUCCUGAGGAAAAGCCACCCGGAGAAUGCUGAAUGCCUGAUCCCAGUGACAGUGUUUGGGCUGCUGCAACACAUUGUGGAGACGCACAUGGAGCACCUGGAGGAUGUGGUGGUGGAGGUGGAAUGCAUGCUGGACCAGCAUGAAAGAGACCUGGAUGAAGGAUCUGAUCACCGUCUCCGGUUACUGAAAGACAGAACCUUCCCCAAGCUCCACCUGGACUUGCAGAGAGUGCUGCAGUCGCUGGCUCACGGGGAGGUGGUGCUGCCGAAGCUGAAGGACAGGCUCGUGGCUCGGCACUGGUGCGCCGGACCUGUAGCUUCGGCGGUGCUGGAUGGGGCAAUGGCUCGGCUGAGGAGAGGCAAGGAGAACGUGGGGUUCCUGACAGCGAGAAUCACGGCGCUACAGACGGGGCUGGACCAGUGGCAGUCGGAGCAGAUCAACAAGAAGCUUUACUACAUCUCCUUCCUCUCCAUCGUCUUUCUGCCGCUCUCUAUCAUCACCGGAGUGCCGCUGCUCACUGUAAGAUAUCCGGAGGUGGGGUGA